AUGUCACUUGCUCCAAUCUCUGUGCCAGAGCGCAAACCUUCUCCGCAGCUCAAUUUAAACCUGGGCUCGAACAAUCCUUUUCGAAACCGCGCACUUUCUCCAUCAAGUCCUUCUCCUGUCUCUCCUGGACAACGACCGGAGCGACCUCGUUCGACCAACCCUUUCUUAGACGAUACCGAGGUUCUCUCACCCCAGUCUGCUCCCGCUGGGACAAUCAAGUCUCCCAUGAGUGAUAAUCAAUAUACCGGCAAUACGGCCGAGCUAUUUGAAAACCUUUCCUUAGAUUCCAAGCCAAAGGAGCGUCGUCCGGCACCUCCCCGCCCAGAAAAACCACACUCAUCGUCUUCGCGACCACGUCCCAGCGGGCGACCAGAUGGCCCUAGUCGCGACAGGCCAAAGGAUCGGUCAAAAGACCGAAGCCGUGAAAAGGAUCCAUUCGAUAUUUUUGCAGACCCAUCCGCCAAGAAGGACCGCCCUCGACCCCGUGAAGGACGUCCCCGUCCCCGCCGAAACUCCGAGUCUUCUAUAAUGGAGAAGCCAAAAAGCAUGGAUCCAGAAGAAGAAAAACGACGACGCGAACGACGAAGUCGUGACCCCAAGAGUCGUUCGAAGCGAUCGCAUGGUUAUCGACUGGACGUUAUUGAUAAGCUUGACGUUACUUCUAUCUACGGCACAGGCUUGUUUCAUCACGAUGGUCCAUUCGAUGCCUGCAAUCCUCACCGCAACAGGAAAGGAUUGCGACAGGCACCUAUGCAAGCAUUCCCUAAAGACUCGAAGAAUAUGGCGCUUGGUGGUGCUGGGCCGAAUAAUUCGCAUCUUGACCUGGCAAUGAUUCACGGCCAUACAACUGAAGGGUACCUGGACUAUUCUACAAGUGGAACUACUAAGAAGGGUUUGCCUGCUUUCGACUCUGCAACCCGGGUGGAGCCUAUCCACGGAGCCGAGAGUAUGGGAUUAGGUACUAGUACUUUCCUCGAAGGCGCUCCUGCCAGUCGCUCCGCAAUCCAACGUCGCCAGAGCGAAAGUGAGAAUCAGCCAUCCGCAAACGGGGGUCUUCAGCGCAAGAAAAGCUUAGCACAGAAGAUCAGAGGGAUCAAUCGACCAGGCACAGGAAGGAUGAUUUCACCAGAGCGAGUCCAGAGAAGCCCGUCCAGUGCAGGUCACCCUAGUAGCUCCCAUAAAGCCAACGAAAAGAAUCCUUUCUUCCAGGAUUACGACGACGCCUACGACAGUAAAGGCGCUAAGAUCGAAGAAACCUAUUUGUCCACUCGAGCUCGCGCUUCUAGCAGCCCGAAGAGGAGCACUGCACUUGAGAGAAAGACUACGAAUGGUUCACUAGGGGAUGAUCUUAAGCCCAACGGAGGCGGGUUUAUGAAUCGAAUGAAGAGCCUGAGGCGACCGCGUCCCGAACGGCAAAUGCCUUCUGAAUAA